UUAGGGUAAAAUCGGCGGAUCAACUCAAUUUGCCUUCUUCAUCACCGUUUCUCUGAUUCUGAGCAAAAUCAGAGCAAUAAUUCAACUUCUUCUCUGUCAUCAGCAUUCCUAAGAGUUCUAAACUCGGCCCAUCUCCGUCGUCGGCCGACGAAUCAGCCCAUCCAACCACCGUGACACUCAAUCUGUAAUCUCUCGUUCUCUUUCUUGAUUGGGUUGUGCAGUGUCAAUUGCUUCCCCUUCUGCGUCCAUUAAAGCUGUCGGUUUCCGAGCUAGCAACAUAUUUCUGGCUGAAUUAUUUCUCUGUCUCUCAUUGUCCUGCGUGAUCUUAUUUCAUCAGUCUUCCACAUUUGGUCUAUGUCUCUUAGUUAAGCCUGGUUUCAACAAUCAGUGAAUGAGCUCUAACGAUUACCUUCUUGCUUUUUUUUAGGCAAAAGAUUGAAAUGGGAAUUUUUGAUGGCUUGCCAGUCCCUCCCGAGAAAGCAUAUUUGAAGAAUGAAAUUGCAAGAGUAGAUGAGAGUUGGGCUGCUGCACGGUUUGACUCACUUCCUCAUGUUGUUCAUAUUCUAACAUCUAAAGAUCGUGAUGGGGAGGCACAAAUUUUAAGGGAGCAGAAUGAUGUUAUUGAGGAAGUUGUGGAUGAAGUGGUGCAUGCUUUUCACAGUGGUUUCAACAAAGCCAUUCAAAAUUACUCGCAGAUAUUGCGGUUAUUUAGUGAAUCUGCCGAGAGUGUUUCAAUUUUGAAGGUUGAUUUAGCUGAUACAAAAAGAAGUUUCAGUGCCCGCAGUAAGCAGUUGCAUCAGCUAUGGUAUCGUUCGGUUACAUUGCGUCACAUAAUAUCCCUCCUAGAUCAAAUUGAGGGCAUUGCUAAGGUUCCAGGGCGAAUUGAAAAACUGAUUGCAGAAAAGCAAUUUUAUGCAGCAGUUCAGCUACAUGUUCAAUCUGCAUUAAUGCUUGAGCGGGAAGGGCUUCAAACUGUUGGUGCACUUCAAGAUGUACGAUCGGAGUUAACAAAAUUACGGGGAGUUAUUUUUUAUAAAGUUUUGGAGGAUUUGCAUGCACAUCUUUACAAUAAGGGUGAUUACAGUUCAGCAGCCUCAAAGAUGCUGGAAACGGACAAUGAAGUAUCAACUGCUGAAGCUAUUGCUUUGGCAUUGAAUAGCUCACAAUCUGUGUCUCGAAGAACGAAGUCACAGAGCAAUCAGUUUCGCAUUCAUGUACAUGACGGGUCAUCGUUUGAUGGCCACGAGGAAGGUAGUAUUUCGGAUUUAAAUGAUGAUGCCUCAGACAGUCAGUCAACUUUUGCAAGGGUCAAUGGUGGAGAUGGUGGGUUGAAGGAGGCGAAACCGACUACACAUCAAUUGCCAAAAUGGCUUUCAAAUUCCAUUCCAGAUGAAUUUCUAGAAACAAUAAAGAAGCUUGAUGCUCCGCUUCAUGUGAAGUAUUUGCAGACCAUGAUUGAGUGUCUGUGUAUGCUUGGCAAAGUUGCUGCUGCUGGUGCUAUCAUAUGCCAAAGAUUGCGACCUACGAUCCAUGAUAUAAUAACUUCCAAAAUCAAAGCUUAUGCAGAACAAAUAAAUUCUUCAAGGUUAGGCUUUGGUCAGGCUGUUCGAUCUGAGACUGCUGCUCAUUUUAUGAAGGGGCAGUUAGGAAGCUUCCAUUUCCCAAAACAUAAGUGCCAGAAUGGCAUUCCACUCUCUGGGACAUUGGUUGCAGUGAGCCCUGUUUCACCAGUGAUGGCUCCUAUGGGAAAAGCACAGACUUCUGCAAGAGAUCUUCUUGAUUCUGUUUUGGAAACUGUUGUUCGUAUAUUUGAGAACCAUGUUGUUGUUGGGGAGCUUCUGGAAGCAAAAGCCUCGCGACAUGCAGAUAUGAAUACACCAAGGUCAAUGCCAACUGAUGAUAAUUGGAAUCCGGACUCUGAAGCAUCUCAAGUCACUGGAGGUUAUACUAUAGGCUUUGCCUUCACAGUUUUGCAGAGUGAAUGUCAGCAACUCAUUUGUGAGAUUCUGCGAGCAACUCCUGAAGCAGCAUCAGCUGAUGCUGCUGUACAAACAGCUAGGCUUGCAAGCAAGGUGCCCUCCAAAGAAAAGAGGGAUGGGGCAGAUGAUAGUCUCACUUUUGCUUUUCGUUUCACAGAUGCUACAAUAUCUGUUCCUAACGAAGGUGUGGAUCUCAUUCGCCAUGGAUGGAGUAGGAAGGGCCCCAAUGUAUCACAAGAAGGCUAUGGAUCAGCAGCUGUCUUGCCUGAACUGGGUUUUUAUUUGGCAGCAGCCGUAUACCGGCCAGUUCUUCAGUUCACAGAUAAGGUUGCUAAAAUGCUUCCGGGAAAGUAUUUGCAGCUCGGGAAUGAUGGAUUGCUUGCUUUUAUGGACAAUUUUGUGAAGGACCACUUUUUGCCGACUAUGUUUGUAGACUACCGAAAAAGUAUACAACAAGCUAUUUCAAGUCCUGCUGCAUUUCGACCAAGAGCUCAGGCCUCUGCAAUUUAUAAUUCAUCUGUUGAGAGGGGUCGUCCAGUCUUACAAGGACUAUUAGCUAUUGAUUUCCUUGAACGAGAGGUUAUUGAUUGGGCUCAAGCCAUGCCCAAAUUUUCUGGCGAACUUGUGAAGUAUGUGCAAACUUUCCUCGAGCGAACAUAUGAAAGGUGUCGAACAUCGUAUAUGGAGGCAGUUCUUGAAAAACAGAGUUAUAUGCUUAUUGGGAGACACGAUAUUGAGAAAUUACUGCGAAUUGAUCCAGCUAGUGCUUGUUUAUCAAAUGUUGGUAGCCAGUCUAACCUGGAAAAUAAUUCUUCUGAUGCUGAAACUUUCGAGAUCGAAUUAGAGCUCUGCAAUUUAUUAUUGAACUUACCCUCAAUUAAGCAGGAGUAUCUAAUACGUGAUGAUCACAAACUAAUUUUGCUGGCGUCACUUAGCGACUCAUUGGAAUUUGUUGCUGACUCUAUCGACGAGUUAGAACAAACAACUUUAAAACCUUCAUAUCAGGCAAAAGCUAAUAGCAGGCCUCAUCAUACCCGAACAGACAGUGCAUUUACUCGGGAUCUGCCAUCAUUUGCGGAGGAGUAUAGAAAAUUAUCUAUUGACUGUCUCAAGGUCUUGCGUAUUGAGAUGCAACUUGAGACGCUGUUCCAUUUACAGGAAAUGACGACUAGGGAAUAUAUGGAGAACCAAGAUGCAGAAGAGCCAGAUGGCUUCAUUAUCUCCCUCACUGCGCAGAUAACUCGUAGAGACGAGGAAAUGGCACCUUUUAUUUCAGGACUGAAGCGAAAUUACAUAUUUGGUGGAAUCAGUAGUAUGGCAGCAAAUUCAUUUAUUAAGGCGGUUGCUGACAUGAAAUCUAUCAAUCUUUUUGGCGUUCAGCAGAUAAGUCGGAAUUCAAUUGCACUAGAACAGGCAUUGGGAGCAAUUCCUUCAGUUAAUAGUGACCUAGUACAACAGCGAUUAAAGCGCGUGCGUACUUACUAUGAACUAUUGAACAUGCCAUUUGAGGCGUUGCUUGCCUUUAUCAUGGAGCAUGAGCACUUGUUUACACUAGCAGAGUAUAUCAAUCUUCUCAAGGUCCAUGUUCCAGGAAGGGAGAUUCCUCCCGAUGCACAAGAUCGCAUAUACGAGAUCUUAUCCCGUUAAGCUUUCAGCCAAUCGUGUGUCCAACGCCUUCGUAAAUGCUUUUGAUGGUACGCCAAUUUGCAGGGAUUUUAGUUCAAAAUGUCAACAUAUUGGAGGUUGAAGUGAAUGCAACCUUGAUGAUUCUUCCCCCUUCAAUGGAGGUUGCUAUCCCAUGAUUCCAUGAUAUGCAGUAAAUUUCAUCACUUCAUUUGUGGUGGUGUUCUAAUUUCUUAUGUAGAAUCAAUUUUGAUUCAUUUUUUCAUUGCACUUCGGUAGCUUCAUUUCA